AUGUUUGCUUAUAGCACGAUUCCCGCUGUUGCCACCAAGUACCAGGCCACUUUGCCGACAAUUAAGAUGCUGUUCCCACACGACGAGCAGUCUGCGACGUUCGCUGGCGACUUGAGCAGUGCCGAGGAAAUCGAGGCCUUCGUCAAGAAGUUCCGGCAGCCCAUGAUCGCAGAUUUCACCGGCGAAACCGCCGCAGAUCUUUUCGGGGACGGACGACCAAUCCUGUUCUUGUUCCGGGAUAAGGACGACAAAGGCAAAGCUGCUGAAAAGGCUCUUCAAGCCGUGGCUCCGCGUUUACAGCGCAGACUGCUGCUGUCCGUCGCCGGCUCUAGCGAGCCCAUGGAUCAGCGGCUGAUGGACUAUGUCAGUGUCGAAGCCGAGGAGCUUCCGACUGCGCGGCUUGUCACCGAGCCUCAGGGCACAAUGUCGAAGUACAGGCUGGAGGAUUCCGUUUCCGAGACCUCGCUGAUGUCCUUCGUUGCCGACUUCGAAGCUGGUCGAUUGAAGAAAUACUUGCAAUCAGAGCCGGUGCCGAGCAGCCAGAAGGGCCCAGUCUACACCCUCGUCGGUUCGACCUUCGAGUCCUUGGUGAAAGAUCCUGCGAAGGAUGUUCUGGUAGAGUUCUAUGCUCCCUGGUGUGGCCAUUGCAAGAAGCUGGAGCCAGUGUACAAUGCUGUGGCGAAGAAGCUGGAGAGCGUGCCGACCAUAAUGAUUGCAAAAAUUGAUGCGACAUCAAACGACGUCGACGGCGUUGAUAUUGAAGGUUUCCCAACCAUAAAGUUUUGGCGCGCCGACAACAAGGAGCAGCCGAUAGACUACGACGGUGACAGGGAUGUUGACUCUUUCCUGUCCUGGCUGGACGAGAAAGCCGCCCGCCAGGGCUCCAGGCCUGGGGCAAUUCCCGAGGACACCGUUGUCGAGACCGAGGAUGUGACAAAGUGCCAGUUCUGCGGUGCUGUCAAUGCGGAGGGCACGCAAGAGGCAAUGGAUGUCCAUUACUGGCGCGAGUGCCCGAUGCUAACGCAGUGCCAGUUCUGUGAGCAGGUCAUAGAGAUCUCACAGUUGGCGUCCCACUGGAGGGAGGAGUGCGAGGCCAGAAGCGCGGCGACCGAAGCAGCCAAGGACCUGGCGCCCAACCAGUGCCCGCUGUGCCGUGCAGACAUAGGCACAGGAAAAGAGCAGGACUGGCUGCAACACAUCCUCCGAGAUGGAUGCGCAGGAAAUCCCAGGAAAUUCCAGCAAUUCAUCAAUGCAUGA